AUGUCUGGAGGCGGCAAGGAUCGUAUUGGUGUUUUCCCGUCACGGAUGGCUCAGACAACGAUGAAGACGCGUCUGAGGGCGGCCCAGAAGGGUCACAGUCUUCUGAAGAAGAAAGCAGAUGCAUUGAAUAUUCGCUUUCGUUCAAUCCUCGGCAAAAUUGUUGAGAAUAAGAAUUUAAUGGGACAAGUGUUGCGUGAGGCAUCAUUUUCGCUAGCAGCGGCAAAAUUUACGGCCGGCGAUUUCUCGCAUACCGUUAUUCAGAAUGUCUCACGUGCGCAGCAUCGUGUUCGUAUGAAGAAGGAAAAUGUCGUCGGUGUUCUUCUGCCAGUGUUCACGACAACCAUUGACGGGCCGGAUGCUUACGAUUUGACCGGUCUGGGAAAGGGUGGCGCAAAUAUUGCCAAGCUGAAGAAGAAUUACAGUCAUGCUGUGGAGCUGCUUGUCGAGUUGGCAACCUUGCAGACAUGUUUUAUCACGCUGGAUGAGGCCAUCAAAAUCACCAAUCGCCGUGUGAAUGCCAUUGAACAUGUGAUAAUCCCUCGAAUCGAGAACACUCUGCAAUACAUUGUCACAGAAUUGGAUGAAAUGGAACGUGAAGAAUUCUUCAGGAUGAAGAAAAUACAGGCGAAAAAGAAGAAGGAUCGCGCAGAAACAGAAAAUUUACUGGCCGAAGACAGACUAAAAGCUGAAGAAGCGGAUUUGCUGGCAGCAAAAUUACCAAGAAGCAUUUUAGAAAACGAUGACGAUGUUCCCAUUUUAUUCACUUAG